GGGGGGGGGAGGGAGAGGCGAAGGAGCUCGCGCGCCCCCGCCGCGUUAUUUGGCUUGCGUGCGCGCGGCCGCCAGUCGAGGCGAGAGGAGGACACGGAAGAACACGCCACAGAGUGAAGGCAUGGCCAGAUAGUGCGCGACAAAAGAGAGAGAGCAGGUGGAGAGAGAGACGCCCAGGGAGAGUGCGUGCAGCCGCUCCGAGCGCGAGGAGGACGAAGAGAGCAAGAAGAGGAGUCGCCGCCAUCGUGUCUUUUGCGAUGAUGAGGAGGACGAGCAAGGGGGAGGAGGAGGAGGAGGAGAUCUGAGCCGCUUCGCCGUCCGCACGCCGCGCUCCAGCCAGCUACGCUCUUCAUCCUCGGCUCUGCUCCGGCGUGGCGAAGAUGUCACUUCCUGUCCAGAUGGAGCCCAACUCGGCAGACAAACGGCAUCGGACCAGAUCCAAAGGAGUGCGAGCUGUCGCCGAGGCCGUGACCCCCGAACUAUUCAGCUGUCCGACGGCGGGCUGCGACGGUUCUGGUCACGUCAGCGGGAAGUACGCCAGACACCGCAGCGUUUACGGAUGCCCGCUGGCCAAGAAGAGGAAGGUACUGGAGAAGCAACCGCUCGAGCCGGCCGCCAAAAGGAGAGCCUUCGGCGCCUCCUGCCUCGGCGAGGACGACGACCAAUUGGAGGAGGAUCUGGAGGAGGAAGAGGGCGAGGAGGACGGCUUAGACCAGAGGGAGCGAGGAGAAGUCACGGAGGAGGACGCGGGCGAGAAGGCUGAGGAGGAGGACGAGUUCUCUGAUGACAUGGAGGAGGAGCAGCCGGAGGAGGACGCCGUCGCGCCGCCAGCGGGACACAACGAGAUGGAGGACGAGGAAGAGGAGGAGCUCGAGCAUCAACGGGUCGACUACCCACCAAGUGGACAAUCUAAGCAGCUUCUUCCGCUCCACAAGGAUGAUAACAACAACCACAGCUGCAUCACAGGUCCAGCUCCGGGUUCCGGAUCCGGUCCCGGCGGCCCCGGAGAUGAGUUUGAGAACUACGACGAGCUGGUGGCCAAGUCUCUGCUCAACCUGGGCAAGAUCGCAGAAGACGCGGCCUACCAGGCCCUGAGCGAGUCGGAGAUGAACAGCAACUCCUCCAACAGCGGCGGCGAAGACGAGGAUGACGAGGACGAGGAAGAUGGCGGUGGCGAGCGGAAGGCCGACCUCAGCGUGGAUUUGGAUAGCGACGUGGUCAGGGAGACGGUGGACUCGCUCAAACUGCUAGCGCAGGGCCACGGCACCGUGUUGCCGGACGACGGCUACCCCGACGUCGGCCUCAACGGGCGGCUGGGCCUCGGCGCCGACGAGAGCGAGGAGGAAGUGUGUCUGAGCAGUCUGGAGUGUCUGAGGAAUCAGUGCUUCGACCUGGCCCGCAAACUCAGCGAGACGCACCCGGACGACCGCCCGCACCACCACCACCACCACCACCACCACCAACUGCGCAACCACGCCGACCAGCAGGGGGCGCUCCACCUCAACAGGUACACCAAAAGCAGCAGUCAGAUCUUGCGCCAAGCUGACUCUUGUUCCUGCCGUCCUCUCAGGUACGAGCCGGGUUGUCAGGACGACGACGGCCCGCCGGAGCGCAGCUUCUCCGACAUGGUCAACCUGCUGAAGCUGGAGGAGCAACUGAGCCCGGCGUCCCGAGGUUACGGCCGGGAGUUCGACGAGGACACGGCCUCGGUGGCCUCGGAGCGCUCCGACGACACCUUCGACAUGGCCAAGGGGAACCUCUCGCUGCUGGAGAAGGCCAUCGCCUUGGAGUCGGAGCGCGCCAAAGUCAUGAAGGACCGGCUGGAGCACAAGCAACCCAGGCGCCACCAUCUACAUCACCACCAUCACCACCGCGUGCACGGCGAGGAACGCAAAUCCAGGAUGCACCACGACGGACUCAAGAGGGCCUACUACCUCAAAGAGUCUUCGCGAGGGGAGAAGAAGGAGAGCAAGUGCCCGACGCCGGGCUGCGACGGCACGGGUCACGUGACCGGUCUGUACCCGCACCACCGCAGCCUAUCCGGCUGCCCUCACAAAGACCGCGUCCCCCCUGAGAUCCUUGCCAUGUAUGAGAAUGUUUUAAAGUGCCCGACCCCCGGCUGCUCCGGACGGGGGCAUGUCAAUAGCAACAGGAACUCGCACCGCAGUCUGUCGGGUUGUCCCAUCGCGGCGGCCGAGAAGGUGGCAAAGGUCCACGAGAAGAGUCACGUGAUGGACAGCGGCGGCAGCAGCAAGUCCAGUCAGACGUCCGACCGCGUCCUCAGGCCCAUGUGCUUCGUGAAGCAGCUGGAGAUUCCUCAGUACGGCUACAAGAAUAACGUUCCCACCAGCACGCCGCGCUCCAACCUGGCCAAGGAGCUGGAGAAGUACUCCAAGACCAGCUACGACUACGGCGGCUACGAGGGCCAGCACGGCGCCUACGGCAAGAGGGGCCCGCUCGGCAAGCCCCACCACGGCCGGGAUACCUCCCCCAAGGCGUAUGACGCCAAGCGGUACAGCAAGACGUCCAGCCCGGCCAGCAGCACCACCAGCAGCUACGCGCCCAGCAGCAGCAGCAGCAGCCUGAGCUGCGGCGCCGACCCCAUGGGCGACCCAGGAGGCGACCUGGCUGGCGUGGGCUUGUCUCUGGGCGGCGGCGGCGGCAGCAGCGCCAGCAGCACGUGCAGCAAAAGCAGCUUCGACUACACGCACGACAUGGAGGCGGCGCACAUGGCCGCCACCGCCAUCCUCAAUCUGUCCACCAGGUGUCGUGAGCUCCCGCACGCCGUGGGAGGGAAAAUGCACGACAUGAUGAUGCAGAGCGGCGAGGGGGACCUGGACGAGGAGGAAGACGGCGGCGGGGUGGACGCGGGCGGGCAACCCGGCGGGCCGGAGGGCAGCGGGACGGUUCUGACGCCGCUGCAGCCCAUGUCCCCGCAGCGUCAGGCCCUCCUCAACAGUCGCCGCUACCAGCUGAGCCAAGCCGACUGCUGGGACCUCCCGCUGGACUACACCAAGAUCAAAGGCGUGGACAAAGAGGGCGACGAGCUGGACGCCUUCCACGAGCUGCUGGACGAGCAGCGCUACCCGGCCGAGGCCAGCGCCGCGCCCAGCCCCAAACACCUCAAGUACUCGCCCUGCAAGGAGCCCAAGAAGGAGAUCCUCACGCUGUCCGGCUGCCAGCUGGCCGACAAGAACCUUCGCGGGAUGAUGGCCUCCAACGCGCAAGAGCUCAGGUGUCCCACGCCCGGCUGCGACGGAUCGGGACACAUCACGGGGAACUACGCCUCGCACCGCAGCCUGUCCGGUUGUCCCCGAGCCAAGAAGAGCGGCAUCAAAAUCCUCCACAGCAAAGAAGACAAAGACGAGCAGGAGCCCAUAAAGUGUCCGGUGCCAGGCUGCGACGGCCAAGGUCACGUGACGGGCAAGUACGCGUCCCACCGCAGCGCCUCGGGCUGCCCCCUGGCGGCCAAACGGCAGAAGGACAACCACGUGAACGGCGCUCAGCUGGCCUGGAAGUCCGGCAAGACGGACGGCAUGACGUGUCCCACGCCGGGCUGCGACGGCUCGGGCCACGUCAGCGGAAGCUUCCUGACCCACCGGAGUCUCUCCGGUUGUCCCCGGGCAUCCUCGGCCAUGAAGAAGGCCAGGAUGAGCGGCGUGGAAAUGCUGACAAUCAAGCAGAGAGCCGGCAAAGGCAUUGAAAACGACGAGGAAAUCAAACAGCUGGAUGAAGAAAUCAAAGAUAUCAACGAGUCCAACAAUCAAGCGGAGUCGGAUAUGAUUAAGCUGAGGACCCAAAUCACCACCAUGGAGAGCAGCCUGAAGUCCAUGGAGGAGGAGAACAAAGUGAUGGAGGAGCAGAACGAUUCGCUGCUGCACGAGCUGGCCAACCUCAGCCAGUCGCUCAUCAACAGCCUGGCCAACAUCCAACUGCCGCACAUGGAGCCGAUGAACGAGCAAAACUUUGACACGUACGUGAGCGCUCUGACGGACAUGUACAGCCACCAGGACCAGUACCAGAGCCCGGAGAGUAAGGCGCUGCUGGAGAACAUCCGACAGGCCGUGCAGGGCAUCCAAGUGUAG